GUUGUUGUAAUCUCCCCCUUCUGGAUGUAUUCCGAAAGUUCAGCUCAUUUCCCAGUAUAAUUCCUGAAUGGGAGGGGCUUCUCCAGGAAGCAUCUCAACAGAAGAUCAUUAACAAGAUCAGAACAAACGCCUAAAAAAGGAAACAUUUCGAUAAAAAAAAACAGUGUUAUGUGAACUGCAGAAAAUUCGUAGGUCGUGGGACAACAGUAGAUUUUAAUUCGCUCUGUAAACAGUUACAAGCACAGUACUGGAUAUGAGUCUACAAUCAACUGUGUGGAACUGAACCCAGAAACUGUAUCAGAACCUAGGGGGAUCCUGUGGAAAUCAGUUGAUUGGUAUUUGACACUGUCAUGGUAAUGACCUACAUGAGCAAAGAAUGAGGAUGAUCAUUAACCUCUGAAGCGACUGAACAGUCCACAAAUGGAGCCUUGUAUUUGGACAUAAAUCCAAAGCAUAUUUUAUUGAAAUACAUUGUAUGCUCAAGCAGCCAAGAUACAAUGCAAAAAAUGCAGAGAUUGGGAUGUUUUGUGUUCUUUUUGGAGGUGAUUGGAGUACCCCUGAUCCAGGGACACAGCGCUUUCACGUGUGAACCCAUUAAAGUUCACAGAUGUCUUGGGAUACACUACAACAUGACAUUUUUUCCUAAUAUGAUGGAACAUUAUGACCAAGAUAUUGCUGCCAAAAAAAUGGAGCCGUUUGUUCCACUGAUCAGUCUCAGCUGUUCUCCAGAAGUCCACAAGUUUAUGUGUGAGGCAUUUGUGCCAGCCUGCACUGACCAAAACAAAGUGAUUCACCCGUGCAGGAGCCUGUGUGAGCGAGUUCACUCUGACUGUGGAAAGGUGAUGGAUACUUUUGGAGUCACAUGGCCCCCUGAGCUUGAUUGUGGCAGGUUGGAAGAAUGUCGAGGUUCUCAGCCUGCUACUCUGGCUCCUUCCACUAAGCACGCAGUCACCCAGAAGACAACCCAGCCUGUGCAGAGGGACUAUGGAUUCUGGUGUCCUCUGAAGCUCAAGACCCCGGUUGGCCAGGGUUCCAUGUUUCUGGGAGUGAGUGACUGCGCACCGCCAUGUGCAAACAUGUACUUCACAAGCAAUGAAAUCAAAUUUGCCAAGAACUUCAUUGGGAUUGUUUCCAUUAUCUGCCUUUGCGCAACGCUGUUUACCGUCUUUACGUUCCUGAUUGACGUCAAGAGGUUCAGGUACCCCGAGCGUCCGAUCAUCUUCUACGCCGUGUGCUACAGCAUCGUCUCCUUAAUCUACUUCACAGGGUUCCUGCUGGAUAACAGCACAGCUUGCAACAAGGCUAACGAGAAGCUGGGGCGCAUGGAAACUGUAGUCCAGGGCUCGCAGAACAAGGCCUGCACUGUCCUCUUUAUGCUGCUUUAUUUCUUUUCCACUGCUGGAACAGUGUGGUGGGUUAUUCUGACCAUUACCUGGUUCUUGGCUGCGGGGCCCAAGUGGAGCUGUGAAGCUAUUGAGAAGAAGGCAGUGUGGUUUCACUCCUCAGCUUGGGGGAUUCCCGGGGCUCUGACAGUGAUGUUGCUGGCCAUGAACAAAGUGGAGGGCGACGGCAUCAGCGGGGUGUGCUUCGUGGGGCUGUAUGACCUGGACGCACUGCGCUACUUCGUCCUGGCCCCCCUGUGCACCGGUGUGGUUGUGGGUCUGUCUCUGCUCUUGGCCGGCAUCAUCUCCCUCAAUCACGUGCGGCGGGUGAUCCAGCACGACGAGCGGAACCAGGAGAAGCUGAAGAAGUUCAUGAUCCGGAUUGGUGUCUUCAGCGGUCUUUAUCUGGUGCCUUUGGUUACCCUGCUGGGGUGCUACAUCUACGAACAAGGUCACCGUUCCACUUGGGAAAUGACGUGGAUCAAUGACCAUUGUGAAGAGUACCACAUCCCCUGCCGACCUUACCAGAUCAAGACGUUAGCAAGGCCGGAUCUUUCCCUGUUCCUGGUAAAAUAUCUGAUGACCCUGAUCGUUGGCAUUUCAUCUGUCUUCUGGGUCAGCAGUAAGAAGACAUGUUCAGAAUGGGCAUUUUUCUUCAAAAAGACUCGCAAGAGAGAUCCCAUCAGUGAGAGUCGAAAAGUGCUGCAAGAAUCCUGUGAGUUUUUCUUAAAACAAAACUCCAGAGUGCAGCACAAAAAGAAGCACUACAAGCCAAACUCCCACAAGCUGAGGGUCAUCUCAAAGUCGAUGGGGACCAGCACAGGAGCAGCGGCAAACCACGGCACGUCUGCAGUCGGCAUCACCAAUCAUGGCGUUUUAGCCCAGGCCGCAGAGAUCAGGGCUUCAUCGGAUGCUUCUGGGAAAGAGCUUGCAGAACAGGGCAGUUCCACUCGGGCAGCCCAGCCUCGAUCAAAAUCCAGGGAACGGGUACCUUCUGGCCAGGCAUUGCCGUCACGUGCUUUGUCUGGGGAUACAAUGGAGAAGAGGAGCAAAGCGGGGAGCUCUGGCAAAGUGAGCAGCCUCUCUGAGAGUUUGCAGCGAGUCCCUGAUGGAAGAUUGACCCCCAGAAGUGAUUUUCUGGAGGGUCGUCCAGUACAAAGCACUCAUCCUCUGCCUCGCAGCUCUUCACAACCCAGCAGCAUCAAGGGGUCCACUUCGUUUCUUGUACACAUUGUUCCGGAAGAGAAGAAAGAUGAAAAUCUGGACAACAGUUGCUCAAAUACCUGAACGGACACCUCUGUUUCAGUGCAUUCACCCCCCCCCCCCCCCCCCCCCCUCCUCUGUACUUGCCUACAUUUGUAUUAUUUGUAUUUUUUUAUGCAAAGUUUUGUGUCAGAUAAGGACCUACAUUAAACAUUCAGAAUAUGUGUAUUGUCAAAAAGGGCUAUUUAAGUGUGUGUGUGUGCGGUGUGUUGUGUGGUUUUUUUUUUUUUUUUUAAUAACAUUUUAUUUCCUAGGAUUAUCAAAAUACCAAAUUGGCACUAAAUUGUUCUGUAGUCGUAACACUGAAAUCUUUGUGGAAAUUGUAUAUAAAAUACCAUUAUAACAGUCUUGAAGAUUCAAAUUAGUCUUCUCCUAAGAGGUUCAUAUUACUUUUAAAUGUAUGUUUUGUAGAGGUAGUUUUUAUUGAUGGUGCCUCCAUUAAUGUAUAACAGUCCUUACACUAUGUAUAAAUGUAUUGCGGUUACAUUUUUCACAACAUGUUGUAAGGAAAGACAAUACUUUCUUAAAUCGCUGCUCUUACUGAGCUGUAACGGGUCUUUGAAGCCUCGUGCAGCUGGAAGAGUAAAGGGAAUUUGCAAGAAGUCACUUUUUUUUUCAUUGCUGUCUGUACGAUGUCAACAUUGGCCUAAUAUCAGUGAUGAAAUUCCAGUGGUUUUAUCUUUUGACAUUUUUAUUUGGUGAGGAAAAAUAAUGUACCUGUAUAAAAACUGGUAAAUGUAUAGUGUACAAAGGAAGCAUAGCAAUUGUUGAACUACUCCACAACAUUUUUGUAUAUUUUUCUUACUGCCUGGAAGUGUUUAAACACAAUUCUUGUCACAUACCAAAGGAACACUGUUUUGUUUUGUUGGCUUUUUUUUUUUUUUUGGGGGGGGGGGG